CACGCACGCGCGCCCGCCCUCCCCGGCGGGGGGGCGCGGGGUAAGAUGGCGGCCGGGAAGCUGCCGGCCCGGGUGUUGGAGCUGCUCUUCUCCUACCUGGAGCUGCCCGAGCUGCUGAGCUGCUCGUUGGUUUGCCGCCACUGGAACCGCUGCCUGGAGGCGGACGAGAACAGCGAGGUCUGGAGGAGCGUGUGCCAGCGGCUGCUGAGCGAAGAGGCGCUGAGCUCGGACAUCCUGUGUAACCUGAGCAGCUACAAGGCCAAGGCCCGGGCCCUGCGACACGCCUGGAGCUCGGCAGACUGCUCCCGCAACGUCUACAUCAAGCGCAACGGCUUCACCCUGCACCGCAACCCGAUCGCCCAGAGCACGGACGGUGCCCGCGCUCACAUCGGCUUCAGCGAGGGCCGCCACGCCUGGGAGAUCUGGUGGGAGGGACCCCUGGGCACCGUGGCUGUCAUCGGUGUGGCCACCCGCCGCGCCCCGCUCCAGUGUCAGGGCUACGUGGCCCUGCUGGGCAGCGACGACCAGAGCUGGGGCUGGAACCUGGUGGACAACAACCUGCUGCACAGCGGCGAGGCGGCCGGCAGCUUCCCGCAGUGUAACAACGCGCCCAAAUACCAGAUUGGGGAAAGGAUACGUGUCAUUCUCGAUAUGGAAGACAAGACUUUAGCAUUUGAAAGAGGCUAUGAAUUUCUUGGCGUAGCUUUCCGAGGCUUGCCAAAAGCAUGUCUGUAUCCGGCGGUAUCAGCGGUUUAUGGUAACACUGAGGUGACUAUGGUGUAUCUGGGCAAACCACUUGAUGGUUGAUAGUGGGCAAACUGCAUGAGUUUACGUCUUAGAACCAAAGGAAGCUGCUCAAAGGGCCGUGGAUAGUCUUGUCAAUUCCCGGCAAUCAAAAGGAGCAAUGUGCAGUAGUCCAAGGGAGUGCAGUGAGGACUGCCAACUGGCAGAACCCAUAUGGCUGGAUCACCAUUGUAUAUAUGUCUAAAUAAUCUGUGUGUAUGUAGUGACGUUGGCUGUCUGUUUUACUGUAACAUGCUGUGUACAAUUUCACUAUAAUGAUGGGCAGGGGGUGGGAACAGAGUCAGGCUGUAACUCAAAUCAUUUUACUAACUGGAGAUUUCACGUAAAAUUGUGUACCCUAGCUGCAUCUUGAAACACAUUUGAUUGUGAUCGAAUGCUGCACAGCUCAGGAUUUUAAAUUAUUUAUUACUGUGACACGGGCUGGACUCGCAAGGAGGUAUCUUCUGGGGAUGGGAGGGUGGGAAUUUGAAUGAAGUAGUGUGGAUAACGUCACGUGGAUCGUUGCAUGGCAGGUCUAUGCCAAAGGGUAGGUGUUGGUGGUGGAGACUGACAUGUAAACAUUUUAACAGUUGGUUCCUUAAAAGAAACAGUUUACACUUUGCCACUUGACAGUAUCCUGAUUCUCUUGUCCUUGAUCACAUUUUGUUGAUUCAAUUUCAGGCUGUGUUAUCAACAGUAAAGGAACUCUCUCUGCCUUCUUUACCACCAGUUCUUCAUUUUCUUCUUUGUUCCUAUUUCAAGUUUUACAGAGCAAAGUGCAAAGUUGUAUCUAAUGGUACAAUCUGAGCCAUGCCUGUUUAGAAAAUGGUUUGCAAGGGGGUUGACUUAAUAUCCAGUUUCACUUCAAUCUCACUGAACCCAUCAAAAGCUGCAGCACAAACUGACAAGUUCUUUUGAACUGGGUGGUUUAUUCUCGGGGCUGUUAGAUAGUGUUAGUGGUCAACGUUUCAGCUUUUUAAAAAAUGAGUUUGUUUUGCGAGCUCUGCGAUGAAUGCACUCAAUUGACAAAUUCAGAUGCAUGUUGUAUCCUGAAGUGCACAUAACUUUCGGCAGUUCCCUGAUGAAUGCACCAGCUAAACAGUUAUUCAUGUUAUUUGUUUCUAUUUGAAUCUUGCUGGAGCGCUGGAAUAAAAUGUACAGGACUAUAGAGUCAUACAGCAUGGACUGGAAUCUAAUUCCACUGUGAAUUUGAAACAAAAACAGAAAUUGUUGGAAAAGCUCAGCAGGUUUGGCAGCAUCUGUGGAGAGAAAUCAGAGUUAACUUUUCAGGUUGAGUCACCCUUCCUCAGGAAGGCCCUGAUCUUCAAACAGGAUUGCAAGGUGAUUUUAGCCAUUUUGGGGAAUGGUACUGGGUGCCAUUAUAUACACCUGAAAUUUCUCUGGAAAGCUUUCCAAACAUUCCUGGGGUCAGGAAAUGGAGAUAUGCCCUGGCCAUAUGGUGCAACCCCACUCAGGUUUCCCACAAAUUUCAUUUGAUUCUGGGGGUCAGUUUGUUGAUCUGGUUUCCAUACCAGUGGAGUUGGAGUAGUCUGUUUUAGAAAUAUGCUACUGGGUAGAUGAGAGCAACCCCAGUGGUUAGGCCUGGAGCCUUCACCUUUAGCCCAGCUAUUGUACAGUGACAACUGGGCCUAAUUUUAAUUUGAAUUUCCAACAUGGGAGGGUAUUUAUUUGGAAAAGAAAGUAUCCAAAUGUGAAGUUGUGCAUUUACUGCGCAUUUCUGUCUACUACAAGGCAGUCUUGAUGAAGUGUAUUGCUGCUAUAGAAUUGUAUUUCUGUUAUUUUUCUGUAUUUUUGUAACUUUGAUUAAGUUUUUGUGUUAUGGACAUGAUGAACAUGGUAUUUUGCUAUUUACGAACUUUUAUUUGUGCAUAUGUCAUGGAUUUUCAUUUGUGAGCAAUUUUAAAUGAUCUGAAUUUUUUUUUGUAAUGUAAAGGAGUCAUUUUACCCUGAGAAUGAAUUGGUAAAAGAUGAGAGAUCUUUAACUUUGACCGUGAGAUUGCAGAGCAUGGCUGAGGCUGCUUGACAAUACACUACACCUUCCUUAUGGGCAUUAAGACACAAUGAGGAGAGUUGGAAUUCUGCACUAUAUUAAAUGUAUGUUUUCCAGUUAUCCUCAUGUAAAACAUGACCUCAUGUGUCUUAGAAUAAGGUCAUCACUGCUUUAUCUCAAGAGUCACAACUGGCACGUUAAAUAAAUUACAAAGGAACUUGAGGGAAGUGUAAUAAUUAGUCUGUUCUUUCAGGAUUUCUAUUAUUGUCAAAUAGUAAAACCAUUUUGUUUAUGCUUUAGCUAGUUUAGAACAUAAGAUCCUCAAAUAUCUGUUUCUGUGUACUAAAUUAGACAGUGUCCUUAUGAUCCUUAUGAAAGCGGACAUCUGACCUUCAGAUACUUCAGUUGCCAUUUCUGUAUUAGGGAGAGAAUGAGAACCCUGGAGAAAUCCUUUCACCAGAGAUUCACCUAGAGGAGUCUUUGAUUUUAAGCAGUCAAUCCAGAGUCUCUCUUUCUUUUUUUCUUGGUUUGUGCUGAAAUUUACCUGACCUAUCUAUUUCUGCCUUUGUACAUAGUUUUAUCUGUAAAUAAAUCUGGAGUAGUUUUCAGUCUGGACAAUGGUCUUGCAGCUGGAAUUUGUUUCUUUUGCAAUGAUAGGAUUAAAAGAAAGCCUAGCUCAGCAUUUAAAUAGAGUCAUAGACUCUAUUGACUCAUAGAGAUGUACGGCUUCGGUCCUACUCGUCCAUGCCAACCAGAUAUCCUAAAUUAAUCUAGUCCCGUUCAUCAACAUUUGGUCCAUAUCCCUCUAAACCCUUUCUGAUAAUGCACCCAUCCAGGUGCCUUUUAAAUGUAAUUGUAUCAGCCGCCUCCACCACAUCUGGCAACUUAUUCCACGCAUACACCACCACCUGCAUGGAAAAGUUGCCCUUUAGGUCCCUUUUAAGUCUUUUCUUCCCCCCCUCACCUUAAAUCUUUGCCCUCUAGUUUUGGACUCCCCUACCCCUGGGAUAAGACCUUGGCUAUUUACCUUAUUCAUGCCCCUCAUGAUUUCAUGAACCUCUAGAAGGUCACCCCUUAGCCUUCAACGCUUCAGGGAAAUAGUCCCAACCUAUUCAGCCUCUUCCUAUAGCUUAAAUCCUCCACCCCGGUAAGAUCCUUGUAAUUUUUUUCUGAAUCCUUUCAAGUUUCACAACAUCUUUCCAGAAUUGAAUGCAGUAUUCCAAAAGUUGUGUAACCGAUAUGCUGUGCAGCUGCAACAUGACUUCCCAACUCAUACGCAAUGCACUGACCAAUAAAGGCAAGUGUACCAAACGCUACCUUCACUCCCCUGUCUCCCUUCAACUCCCCUUUGAAGGACUAUGAACCUGUGCCCCAAGGCCUCUUCUGCUUAGGGUUGAGGUGGCAGUAUCUGUUUUCUUAAACAUUCAUGCAGGAAGUACAAUUGUUUGCGGGUGGAACUCUCUCGGAUGGCAUUUUUUUCCCAUCUUCAGGCAAGUUGUAGCGUGUUGCGCCCAUAGGUUUUUACAAGGUUUGUGAAGGUUUGUAGCUCAGGAUGCUCUUCUGUUUGGCAACACUCCCCGGGACCUUCCAUUAAGUAUAAAAGUCCUGCCCUGAUUUGUUCCACUGAAAUGAAGCACCUCGCAUUUAUCUAAACUAAAAUCCAACUGCCGGUCCUUGGCACAUUUGCUUAUCUAAGAAGGUCCUGUUGUACUCUAAGGUAACCCUCCUUUUCAUCACUGCCAUUUUGUUUUGCCAUUUAUCUCAGGUGCUCAAUAGCUUUCCUUAGUGAAUCAACAAGGUGCACAUAUUCCAAAUAAGAUUCGACAUUAAAAUAUGAAGAAUUGUGUUCAUUGAUGGAUGGGUACUGGAACAGGAGGAUAGAGAUACUAAAGCUUAGGGAAGUGUCUGUCGAUGUUGUUCAGAUAGAUAUCCAGAAGGCUUUUAUUGGCUUUCCAUAUAAGAGAUUAUUAGGAAAAAGAAACAUUUAGAAUUGAGGGUAACCUUCUGAUAGUGGCUGAGAAGCAAGAGACAAAGGGUAGAGAUAGAAGUCAUGAGCUAAGUAGUAUUCCUUCUGGAUCUGCAUUAUGCUACAACUUUAUACUAUUUCUGUCAAUGAUAGAACAGAUCCAGUUUGCAAAAGAUACUGAGUUACAAGACACCAUAAGUGGUUUAGCAGAGAGCAGGAGACGUAAAAAGAGAUGUGAAAAGAUUUAGUGAGUGGGUAUAAACUGGCUGAAGUCCAAUCUGUGAAAGAGUAUCAGAACACUCAUUUUGGAUCCAUGGAAGAUAAAUCUCUCACUUUUUCUCCUAAUGGCAUUCAUGGAGCAGCAGACAGAUUUUGGGUCUUUGUACACAAGUUGCUAAAACUAUGAUGCACAGGUAUGGAAAUUAAGAAACCUGGUGUGCAUUCACUCAAAUUUAUGCAGUUACUGGUGUGAUCAACUUGUGUUUUCAUUAAUAUUUAAACAAGUGGAUCAAUAAGGGAAUCUAGCCACCUCCUCAUGGUGUCUAAUGUAAGGGCAGCUCAGUGGCUAGCACUGCUGUCUCAGCACCAGGGAUCCAGGUUUGAUUCUAGCCUUGGGCAAUUGUCUGCGUGGAAUUUGCCCAUUCUCCAUGUCUGUGGGGGUUUCUUCCCACAAUCCAAAGAUGUGCAGGUCAGGUGAAUUUGGAACGCUAAAUUGCCCAUAAUGUUCAUGGAUGUGUAGGUUAGGUACAUUAGUCAGGGGUAAAUAGAGGAUUGGGUAGAAAAAUGGCAAACAAACUUUAAUCUGGAGAAGAAUAAGAUAAUGCAUUUGAGAACACUAACAAGGUAAGGGAAUACACAAUAAAUGGUAGGAUACUGAAAGGAGUAGAGGGAUCAAGGAUUGCAUAUCCAUCGAUCCCUGAAAGUAUGGGGCAUGUAGAUAAGGUAGUCAAGCAGGUAUCACAAUACAUGCAUUUCUGAGGUAAUGCAUAGAAUUUGAGAUCUGCUAGCACUGUGCAUAAAUGACUAGUUACAAAGCUAGAGUAUUGC